UGAAGUGAUAACACCUACUUGAUAGUGUGAUAGACUUCUGGAAAAGGGCGGGGAAUUCCAGCUUGGCAAGAUGAGAUUUAUUGCUCCCCCUUCUGAAAGAAUCAAAUAUCUACACAUUCUCUAUUCAUGAAAAAAAUGUAGAAUCUGAUACGUCUUUAGACUUUCAAAAAUAGGGAACUUCAGAAUUGACGACAAGUACGAGAUUGAGUACAAGUACGAGUUUUCAAACCAGCUUUUAUUGUGUUGUCCAUACUAGAUUUCAAUCCACUUCGUGUUUUUAUUUCUUUGAUGUUUCAAUCUAUACACAGGAAUGCAAUUCAUGAUUGAUAGCACACCUAAGCCCAAUUUUAAAACUCGUACUCAAUCUCGUACUCGUUGUCAAAUCUGAAAUUCCCUAUUUAAUAUUAUCUUUGCAUCGCAAGUAGCCGCAACAACGAAAUAGAUUUCGAAAACUGAAGGGUUCACGAUUACUAUGAGUGAUGUCAAAAUCUCAGUAUCUUGGAGUCCUCGUCACAAAAGCCAUCUUAAUUUUUCAGUAUCCAAAAGAAUUUUCGAAGAGAAACAUGUAAAGUUAAUAAGUCCGAUAACAUGUCGAUAAUGAUAAAAGAGAUAAUUUUCUAAGGUCAACAUGGUCAAGAAAAGAAAAAAUCAUCUAUUCAAGCUUUUAAGCUUGAGUUACGAAAUAAAAAAGAAUAAAAAAUGAAAAAAAACCCGCGGGCUUCAGCAACUUUAUAGUUGGCUUUUCAACUCCCUACUGCGCAGCUUGGCACGUCUGUGUUGUCGACGCAAAAUUAUCACGCUUCUUGUCUCUAAUCGGUAGAGUUUAGUUUUGAACUCAGUAUAAUGUUAUGGCAAGGAAAACAUUAUCAUGGACUGCUUUCUCAUAAAUUUUGUCUCCUUACAUAGCCUUGAAUCAUUGAAUCGGAAUGUUUUUGUCGUCCAAUCACGUGACGCAUUUAGUAUCGAAGAGGUAUCGAAGAGGCACGCAGGUGUUGUAGCCUUACUCGUCGAAGAAAUUUCAGAAAUUUCAAAAUCAUGCCAACUGUAGAUUCUCGACCAGAUUUAUUCUCAAAAUUGGAAAGACAAUCUCCCAAAAAACAGAAAGAAAGUGUCAUUGAUCAGUUCAGGUCGGAGCCAGUCUCACCUUCAGCAAAAAAUGUGGAACCAGGAGAUCACCUUGUCUUCCCUCGAAAGUUCUACGACCAUCAUGGAAUCUGCACCGAAAAAGACGGUGAAAACGUCAAAGUUGUAGAGUAUACUGGUCCAGGAUUCACUUUCUGGGGCUCAAAUGCAAGUAGAGCAACGUCGUGUUUCGAUAGUGGAGCCUUUGGUGUAGUCAAAGAAACGAGUUAUACAUACGAAGAAUUGGAAAAAGGAAAGGUGAAGAAGAAGAUUUGGCCCGAUUCCCUCGUCAGAUACAGUCGUUCAGAAAUUAUUUCAAGAGCGAAAAAACGACUCGGGGAAACCUUUUACGGCCUUCUUGAGAAUAACUGCGAGCAUUUCGCAAGCUGGUGUAUUUGUGGUCUAAAUGUCAGCUUACAAGUCAAAGAAUGGUUCUAUUGGUUCAGAGAAGCCUUCUAUUCCGUUUGCGCCUCGCUAAAGCAAUAUGUAUUGGCCCCUACAGCCCUGAAAAACUGUAAGUCUGAAAUUGUGAAGUUUGUUGCAAAGGUUAUUGCCAAUUUCUCUGACGAGUUAUCCAGCAAGUUAGAAAGCAUGUUAGUCAAAGCGACUGAUUAUGGCUUCUUGAUUGGUAUCAUAAUUGAAGGCCUAUUGGCUAUCUAUGAAGUCAUUAAGGCUCAGAAGAAGUGGAAGGAAGGAGUAUAUACUGACGAAGAGUGGUAUGAAAAGGUGGUUGAGGUACUUGCAAAAGGCACUUGUCGAUUGGCUGGAGGCAUCAUAGGGUCAGUCUAUUGUCAACAGUACUUUGGAAGCCUAAUAGGUGGAGCCAUUGGUGCAGGUCUGGGCCAUAUUAUUGGUUUUUGCAUAAGCUGGUAUUACAAAAACAGUCAUUAUAUUGACGGAUAACUGAUCAACAAUCAGGCAAAACAAUUUGCAGUCAUUCUCAUCAUAGCUAGUUUAGCACAUGACAGUAUAGCAAAACUGCAUAACAUUCAAGAUGCAGCUCAAGACUGAUGAAACCAUGCAACUGUACAAACUAUAAACAGUGCUAUUUAGUUGUACCAGAAACCUAUCUAUAAGGGACUUUUCAAGUCGAUCCCUUAUAGGUUUCUGGUUGGUAGGCUUCUGGAAAAGGGCGGGGAAUCCCAGCUUGGCAAGAUGAGAUUUAUUGCACUCCCUUCUGAAAGAACUAUAUCUGCACAUUCUCUAUUCAUGAUAAAAAUGUAGAAUC